AUGAAUCUCCCGAUGCUGACCUUCAUUAUUUGUGGGUUACUAACUCUGGUGACCAAAGCUGGCUGGGGAGUCCGGAGAUGUUGGAAGAACAAUAUAGGACACUGCAGACAAAAAUGUUUACAUGUUGAAAGGUACAAAGUUCUUUGUAUGAACAAGUUAUCAUGCUGCAUUCCCUUAACAAGUAGUGAAGAUUACAAUCCAUGGCCAGUACCUCCCCUAAUCCCUACAGAAGAAAUAACUGUUGAUUUUAAUACUGUGGAUUUUUUUCCUAAUUUCCCCAUAUCUAUGUUUGAUGAUGCGGUAUCCAUUAACACACUCGAGCCUGAAGAAAGCACAGUAACUGGGACCACUACUCACCAGACAAAAGUUUCUUCCCAGACUGUGGCACAUCUUCUUGAGAGCACUGAUGGUACAACUAACUAA